UGACGUGAUGUGCUUUGUGUACGUUUAUGGUCACAGCGGUCCAUGGAGAGCUGAUUCGGAGGAACUUGAUAACGAGACUCUUCCAGAAGAUCAUUAUUCGUUCGUUGCUUUGAUCGAUAUUGUUUUCACAAAUGGCGCGAAAAAGAUCUGCACCGGUACCAUUAUUCACGAUAACGUCGUUAUAACAGCUGCACAUUGCUUUGAAAUAAAAGAUAAUCAGCACAUACAACCAGAGAUGACAGCAUCGUUCGUCGUAAUCGGUACAAAGAAGAUGUUCAAUACAGGCUACGAACAAUAUCUACCUAUAGAAAGGAUUUUAAUUCACCCAAAUUAUAGUGGUUGGACAGCAGAUCUGGCCUUAGUGCAUACAUUUGCCGGAAUGAUAUCCGAUAAGCCUGGUCAGGUGGUACCUCUAGCUACUGAGAGAACUAGCACACCGGUUGAUGCUGACGUAUUGGUGUUCAGUUGGGGUAAGAACGACGACGUGACAGUUCCAUUUAAAUCGGAUACAAAAGCAACUACGGUCUUCAAGGAGGAAAUAACAUCGGAAACCAAUAAAUUCGAAGAAUUAAAUAAUUAUAAUCUAACAAACAUUACUUUUCGUAAACGGAGUAAUAAACGUAUACGCUUUAGACUCAAGAAGAAUAGAAAGAAGGACAUUAACAAAUAUGAAGCAGUGACUAGAGCUCGAGAACAGAGUAAAAGAGUAUUUUAUAAAGAUAAACCAACGUCGUCUAUAGAAGAAAACAACCGUUAUAAAUAUCUUAAAAGCUCGCCGCGUAAUAUAAAUGACUUCCAGGGCAUACUUAACCAAUUGUACGAAAGGUUUGAAGUCAAUAAUGAUCGAAUGCGUCAGAGAGAUCGUCGUCCAACUGGAGGAUCGAUAUCGUAUUACAGGAAUGGUUGGCGGCGAAGAAUGGGUGAUCAACAAAAUAAACUAACGAUCGAAAUUUUUGGAUUUGUAAAUAUGCAUGCGUGUCAAAAACUGACAAAUAAAGCAGUUCCAGUAAUGUACAGAAUGAAAAAUCGUCAUGAAUUUUUAUGUUAUUCAAGCGAACGGCUCUAUAUCACUGAGGACGACGCAGGAGCUCCAGCUAUGCGUCGCGGUCACCUCGUGGCGGUGACGGUGGGUGGAGUGGACUUCGAUGGAGAACACCUUGCCGUUGGCAUGAAGAUGAAGUGCUUCUGUAGUUGGAUUGCAGAGAACCUUCCAAACAGUGGUACAGACCUUCAAUGCUGCAAUAACUGUUGUGAACCAGCUACCGAAGAAACAGACUCCAAAAAACCUGCUUAUAGGCAUUCACGCAAAAAGAAAAAGCUGUGA